AUGUCUUUACUUGAAGGCGGUGAUAGACGUCGUUAUAAUCUACCUUCACAUGAUGAAGUUGCAGUUGUAUUUGUUGGCGAAGAUGGUGCUCCCCCAAUUUCCAGGGAAGUUGUUAUUUACCAAAGAGGUCAUCCUUUAAAAAUUGUAUCAAGCAAAGUUGUAACGCAUGCUCAGGUUAUUGAGUUUCAAAAGCGUGGUUUGCCGCAUGCCCACAUUUUACUUCAUUUAGCAAAUGAUGAUAAACUUGAAACAUCACAGGAUAUUGAUAAUUUGAUUUGUGCAGAAAUUCCAGAUCCGAUAGUUAAUUGUGAACUUUAUGAUAUUAUCAAAACUUGCAUGAUUCACGGCCCAUGUGGGAUACUGAAUCCAAAUUCUCCCUGCAUAAAAGAUGGGGUGUGCAGCAAAAAAUAUCCUAAAGGUUUUAAUGCCAACACAGUAGCUGUUCACAAUGGUUAUCCGCGCUAUAGGCGUCGUGAUAAUGGGUUGGUUAUCAAUAUUAAAGGCAACAAUGUAGAUAACCGUUGGGUGGUACCUUAUAAUCCUUGGUUAUCAAAGAAAUAUCAAGCCCACAUUAAUGUUGAAGCUUGCAUGUCUGUAAAGGCUGUUAAAUAUUUGUAUAAAUACAUAUACAAAGGGCAUGAUUGUGCGAAUGUUUUGAUAAAUGAACAGGUUAAUCACGAUGAAAUAGACACUUUCUUAGAUUGUCGUUAUGUUAGUGCACCUGAGGCGCUGUGGCGAAUAUUUGAGUAUCCCAUGUUGUCUAGCAUGUUGUAUUGUCUAGCUUUUUUUAAUUAUUCUGGAAACACAUAA